AUGGCUGAGGAAAGCUACUCAAGAGAUAGUUUCAUCGUCGCUUUCACGUUUUCGAGUCUCCUUAAUCUGUUGGGCAACAUUCUCGUCUGCUAUGUGGUGCUGACAUUUCGAGACAUGCGUAUUCCAAUGAAUUAUCUGUUGGUAAAUCUUGCAAUCAGUGACAUGAUGGUUGCAAUCUUUAUGUCUCCGAAGUUCGUCUUCAGCCGCACGCUGAAUCACCCCGAGGGAACUGUUAGUGACUACGUCUGCAAAAUCUUCACGGGAGAGUCCCUUGCCUGGCCAGGAGCAUUGGCUACAGACUUCAAUCUGGUCUGUGUAACGAUUGAGAGAUAUCUGGCCAUCAACUUCCCCUACAGUGAAACAAAGAGGCUCAUUUUCAAAAAGCUCAAGUUCGUCAUUCCAGUCUGCUGGGUGUUCGCCUUCAUGGUAAACCCACCAAACUUUAUGUACUCCGAGUACAUCGAGAGUACCAAAGGCUGUGCCCCAGUGUGGCCGACGCCAAAUUUUAUAAAAUAUCACAGCGUAAUUAACGGCCACAUAUUCUUUGGUUUGCCUGCCCUGAUCAUGGGAGUGCUCUACACUCUUCUUAUUUAUCAACUAUGGUUCAAAAACAAAGAUGCCAACGCAUCUGUGUCUCAAAGAGCGAUACUGAAGCACCGAAGCCACACCACCAAGAUGGUGAUCACAGAGAGUUUGAUCUACUGCGUUUAUUGGUUCCCAAAUGGUUUUGCCUACAUCUACGUGGCCUUCUCAAACAAGCAGUUGUUCAGUGAGAUUCGCACCGCAUCGGUGCUGAUGGUUUCUGUAAACUCCGCCGUCAAUCCGGUGAUUUACAGCUUGCAGAGCCACCAGUUCCGCCGCCAUAUGGGAGCGCUGUUUAAAAGAUGCCGACGCAACAAAGUUGGCGUUCGUUUUAUUGACAACGAAUCAAACAUCACCAUUACAUAG